CAGAGGAUUCGUAAAAUGUUGAACCUUUAGUCUUCCGGAUGCGUGUGCUUAAAACCGAGACCACAGCUGCUCUCAUUAGAGAGCAGCAGCAUAAGCUUUAAGCGAGCCGUUCGGCCGGUCGCGGGGAUGUUCCGGACCUGUGCCCUCGCGGCGCUCCUGCUUGGCGCCUGCGUUGGAUUGCCACAGGUGUCAGCAGUAGAGCAGUAUGGGGGGCUUAGGGAAGCCGCAGCACGGCGCGUUCACGAACGCGCGCGGGCACCUGACGGCAGCGUCGCCAGCGACCUGCCGCUGCCGGCAGUCCGCGCGCACGGCGGCAGGAAUGCUGCCGCGCACAGUGGCAGUCCUGACAGCGGCAGCGCUGACGCCUCUGCUGCAGGCGGGGCGGCCGGCGGCCUGGGCGCUGCCGGCGGGGCGGCACCGCCCACGCAGUCCGUCUCGAUUUGGCUCAUCCUGGUGAUGACUGUGGUGAUGUCCUUCCUGUCGGGCGUGGGCGCGCUGCCCUACCUGUUCACCGGCAAGCUGGACCCGUACUGGUCUGGCAUCGCCAACGCCGUGGGCUGCGGCGUCAUGCUUGCUGCCUCCUUCGACCUGUUGGAGGAGAGCAAGGCCUACUCGGCGCCGCUGGUGCUGUGCGGCAUCGUGCUGGGCGUGGUGGCUAUGGCCUACUCACAAGCCUGGCUGUCCAAAUUCGAGGACGUAUCGUUUUCGGACCUGCAGGGCGCUGACGCGCGCAAGGCCAUGCUCAUCAUCGGCGUCAUGGCGGCGCACGCGUUCGGCGAGGGCUCGGGCGUGGGCGUGUCGUUCUCGGGGCCGCGCGGCUGGGCGCAGGGGCUGCUGGUCACCAUCGCCAUCGGGCUGCACAACAUCCCGGAGGGCAUGGCGGUGGCAACCAUCAUGGUGGCUCGCGGCACGCCGCCGCGCACCGCGCUGUUCUGGACGCUGCUGUCAGCGCUGCCUCAGGGCAUCGUGGCGGUGCCGUCCUACAUGUUCGUGGAGACGUUCAGCAGCCUGCUCCCCAUUGCGCUGGGCUUCGCGGCGGGCUGCAUGAUCUGGAUCGUGUUUGCGGAGCUCAUCCCCGACGCGCUGGAGACGGCGGAGCACGGCCACGUCGCCACCGCGGCCACGCUGUCCGCUGCGGCUCUUCAGGUGGUCAGCAUGGUGAUUGCCAAGCUGGAGCGCCCCGACGGCACCGUGGCCUCGCCCAUCUCCGCCGACCUGCGCGUGCUGCUGCCCGACCUGCUCAUCCUGGCGCCGGGGCUGCUGGCGCCGUGCGCCGCUGCUGGGCUGGCGGGCCGGCUGCUGCCCUCGCUGCCCAUCACCCUGGGCGUCAGCGUGGGCGUGGGCUCCUGGCUAGGCCUGGCCGGGCUCAUCAGCAGCCUGUUGCUCCACGACCACGACCCCGCGGCCGCAGGCCACCUGGCCAAGCACACGGUGCUGCUGUGGGCGGCGGGCGGCGCCGCCGUGGCGGCGGCGGGCUGGCGCGCGCUGGGCACACUGGGUGGCGGGUCGGGGCCGCAGCGUAAGGACUCGGGCGCCGCGGAGGACAGCGCGCUGGAGGGCGCUGAGGCGGGCCGCGUGCAACUAUCGGUGCAGGGCGAUGGCCACCCGCUCACCCACCGCCACGGCUACGACGGCCCGUUGGGAGGCCCCGAGCACGUGGGGAUGGUGCCUGGCGCCGGGGUGGGCCAUCACGUGCUGGGGAACGGCUGGGUGGCCAGCGGCCCGCCCAGCGCCAACGCCGGGGGCGUAUUGGCCGCCCACCACCUCAAUGGUGCGGCACCAGCAGCCGCCGCCACCGCGGUGAACCUGCCCAGCUUCAUGCCGGGCGGCCGCUCGGGCGGCGUGGAGCGGCGGAACGGCUACGGACCGGGCGGCGGCGUCAGCAGCGGCUACGACGGCGGCUUCAGUGCUGCCGCUGAGGCCGGCGGCAGGGGCAAGGACUACAGUGCCGGCGGCUCGGGUGCGCUGCACUGCCAGGGCAACUGCAACUGCAAGGACUGCGACACCAAUGGCAAGGCCGACCUGUGGGGCGCGCCCAUGGACCUGCUGCCCGCGGCGGACCGGCCCCGCGAGUGCGUGCGCGCGGCGCUGCUGCUGGGUGCGGCCCUGCUGGUGGCCACGCUGCCCGCCGCCUACGAGUUGUCGGCGGCGCUGCUGGGCCACCUGGGCGACACCUCCACGCUGCUGCCGCCGCUCAUACUCAAGGGCCUGGUGUUCGGUCUGGGCUAUGUGGGCAUCGCACGCGCCGUGGCCGGCACCCCGGGCUGGCAGGUGCCCACCGCCGCAGCCGGCCUGCUCGCCGUCACCUGCGCCGCCGCCGUGUGCGUGCUGCUGCUGCCGCUGCCCGCUGGCGUGGUGCCGUCGGCCGAGAUCGCAUUCGACCCAACCCACGUGGCCGGCCGCCUGCGCGCGUUCGCGGCGGGCGCGCUGCUGCUGGCGGCCGUCGGCUACAUGUGGCCGGCGGCGGCACACUUCAAGCCGCGCAAGGUGCAGCUGGGCGUGGCGCUGGGGCUGGGCGGCGCGGCGGCGGUGACGCUGCUGACUGCGGGGCUGUGCGCGGGCACGCCGUACUGCCUGGCGCCCAUGUCGGCCGCGGCGCACUGACAGAGCGGAAGCAAAGUUGCAGCAUGAGGUAGCGAAAAUGCUCGCGGCUUGGUCUUGCUCGAUAACUUUUGUGACCACGAGGGUUAUAAACCCGAGCUGUAGAUUGCCGGAAACGAGGACGUGGGGCGUUGCUCUCCUGACAUUCAACGCGCCGCUGGCGCAACAUUUCAGGAACUGGUACGGCAUGGAAGGGCUGUUGGCACAGCUGCCAGUACGAGAAGACAAUCAUCUAGGCCGCAUGGUUAUGUCACGCGGGUUAGCUGUCCAGUGAGUAAAAGCUGGGGCGCGUCAAGCGAUAGCACCAGCACAGGAGUGGGGGCCGGCACAGCACCUUCGUGCCUAGUAUAAGCGGCAACAUCCUGAAGUCUGAUGGGUGGGUAUACGUUGACGCUGUUCAAGGUGGGCACCGUUCUGUGCGUGGGAGGAAUUCGCGAUUUCGCCUGCAUUUCGAUGGAACCUCAGGGACCAGAGGGCUGGACCGCUGGAGUACCGGGUUAAGGGGGGUCAGAGCUGAGAGCUGAUAUGAGUCAAAUGGAUGCAGGUGGGCGGGAUGGAAAGAGGUGGAAACUCUCGCCUUUAAAGAACGUUUCA